AUGCAGGCUGCUAGCAAGAUCCGGACGGCCCUGGAUGAGGGCUGUCCCUCGUUUGGCAUGUGGCAGAUGAUUCCUGGUGCGAACGUGUCACGGCUUCUGGCAAGAACAGGUGUGGACUGGGUGUGCGUGGAUUGCGAACAUGGAAAUAUUGAUGACGGGGCCAUGCAUGACGCUGUCCCGGCCAUUGCUGCCACGGGCGUCUCGCCCAUUGUGCGCAUUCCUGAUAUGCAGGGCUGGAUGGUGAAGCGCGCUCUUGAUUGCGGCGCACAUGGCAUCAUCGUGCCCAUGCUGCGGUCCGCAGAGCAGGCCCGCCAACUCGUCAAAGACUCCAAGUUCCCACCCCUGGGUGUCCGGGGCUUCGGAUCUCCCCUGUCCAUGGAGCGCUUCAGCCCGGCGCCCACGUUCACCGAGUACCUCCAGCAAGCCAACUCCACCCUCGUGACGAUUGUCCAGAUUGAGACGCAAGAGGCCCUUAACUCUGUCGAAGAGAUUGCCGCCGUCGAUGGCGUCGACGUUCUCUUCAUCGGACCCUUUGACCUUGGCAACAACAUUGGCCAUCCCAUCCUGGACGGGGUCGUGAAGCAGGAGCUCAAGGACGCCAUGGCCAAGAUCCUCAAGGCCAGCCAUGACAAUGGGAAGAAGUGUGGCGUCUUCUCCGUGACCGGUGAACAGGCCAAGGCGUUUGCGGAGCAGGGCUUUGACAUGAUCGCUGCGGCGACCGACUACACUGUGCUGGAUUUCAGUUUGAGGAGCCAGUUGAGCGUCGCGCAGUCGGCCGCUCCGCCGCAGCCAGGGAAGAGCUACUAG